AUGCAUGUCGUUGGUGUUGACGUUGGUGGUACAAAUACAGAUGCGGUCUUGCUACGAAUUGAAUCCAAUCAAUUACCGAAAGUGGUGGCUACGGCUAAAAGGGUGACAAGUGCGGACAUCUUUUCGGGCAUGCUUCAUGCAUUACAUCAAGUUAUCAAUGAUACUGAGGUAGCUGCUAUCAUGAUAGGUACGACACAUUUUAUCAAUGCAUUACUUCAACGACGAGGAUUAGCAAAAGUAUGCACAAUACGUUUAUGUGGACCAGCAACACAUGCUAUUCCUCCAAUGGCUAAUUGGCCACAAGAUUUGAAAGAAACAGUUGAUGGUUUAACAGCAUUUGUAUCUGGUGGUUAUUUUUUCGAUGGAUCAGAAAUUAGUCCAUUGAAUGAAGAAGAAAUUCGUUUGAUAAUUCGUCGAGCUCUUGCUCUUGAUAUUUGUACAUUUUGUGUCAGUGGUGUUUUCUCACCUUGUCGAAUGGAUCAAGAAAAACGUGUAGAAGAAAUUAUUCGUGAAGAAUCACCUACAGCAUAUAUUACGCUUUCUCAUGAAAUUGCAGGUCUUGGUUUGUCUGAACGUGAGAAUGCUUCGAUACUCAAUGCUUGUCUUCGUCCAUUAGCUAAACAAACUAUUGAAGCAUUACAAGGUUCUCUUCCUCCAAAUGUUCCUUGUUUUCUUACAAGAAAUGCCGGUACUCUAUUAUCAUCAGAAGAUUCAAUUCGUUGGCCUGUCUUCACAUUUGUCAGUGGUCCUACUAAUUCCAUGAUUGGUGCUGCAUAUCUUAGUGGUAUUAAGAAUGGAAUUGUUAUUGAUAUUGGAGGAACAUCAAUGGACAUUGGUGUUAUUGUAAAUGGAAGACCAAGACAAACACAUGCAAAUGUACGAUUGAUCGAUGAUAUUCGAGUAAAUAUUGCCGUGCCUGACACUGUUUCUCUACCAUUAGGUGGUGGUACUGUGAUUCAUGUCAAUGAAAAAGAUGAAUCUGUACAAGUUGGACCAGAUAGUGUAGGUUAUCGACUCGAUCAAGAAGCAUUGGCUUUUGGUGGUCAAACAAUUACUGGAACUGAUAUUGCUUUAGCUGCUGGAUUAGUCACCGAGAUUGGUCAUUGUUCUGUCCAACUCUCUACUUUUAUUGUUGAACAAGUACUUGAUUCUGUCAAACAGUUAGUAAUAAGAAGUAUCGAACGUAUGAAAACAAAUCCAGAACCAAUUCCUGUUAUCUUAUGUGGUGGAGGAUCAAUUCUCAUUGAUAUUAAUCAACCGUUUCCAGGCGUUACACAACUAAUACGAACAGAUCAUUAUGCCGUUUGUAAUGCUGUAGGUGCUGCUCUUUGCUCUGUCAGUGCGAGCUUCGAUGCAAUUAUUGAUCUACCUCCAUCGUCCGUAGAUGGCGGUAAACAACGUAAACAUGUACUUGAUCAAUUAAUUGUUAAAGUAUAUGAAAAAUGUGAACAGAAUGGAGCUCAAUCAAACACUAUUCAAUUGAUUGACUUAGAACAAAUACCAUUAGCAUAUCAUCCUGGUGAACAUACGCAUCGAGUUCAAUUAACUGCAAUUGGACAACUUGAUUUGAAUAAAUUCAAACGAAAUGAACAAGAGAAACGAAUUCAAAAGUUCAAUACAAAAAUAAAAAAUGAACUAUCGACUGCUAUCAAACCACCAAGUCAUAUUGAUUUGACAAAAAAACAACCUAUAUUUGAUGAGAAUGGAAUUUGGUGUAUCGAUGCUAUUGACAUUGAAUAUAUUGCCUAUGGAACAGCCAUUCUUGGUUGUGGUGGUGGUGGUGAAUCAUAUCAUUGCAAAUUAUGGUGUCUUGAAGUUCUUCGCGAAGGCAAAUACCAAAUGCGUGUAGUACCUCCUUCGUACUUUUAUUCUUCUUCAGAUUUGAUAAUAGAUGUUAGUUUUAUGGGUGCACCUACUGUCUCUCAUGAAUUAUUACCAAAUGGUCAUGAAUGUUUAGAAGCUGUCAAUAUUAUUGAAAAAUAUCUAUCGAAAAAAAUUGUCGGUAUUUAUAGUGCAGAAAUUGGUGGUGCUAAUGGUCUGAUGGGAUUGCUUGUGGCAGCAAAUAAACAAAUACUUUGUAUUGAUGGUGAUGCUAUGGGUCGAGCAUUUCCUUGUCUAACUCAAUUUUUACCUUUUAUUCAUGGUUUACCUGUAACACCUUCUUGUUUAUGUGACGUACGAGGUGAAACAGUGAUCUGUACAGAUGAUAUAAUUUCUACUUCACAAGAAUUGGAAGAUGUAUUCAGAAAGGAAUGUACUAAACGAGGUCUUUGUGUUGGUGUGGCAUCACCUCCAAUAACUGGUGAACAAUUACAAAAAAAUAUAUUGCAUCAUAGUCUUUCACGAGCAUGGUUUCUUGGUGAAGCAAAGUUCAAUCAUCGUAUUGAUGCUAUUCAAGCUGUAGCUCGUGCUGGUCAUGGUCGUGUACUUAUUUCUAAUGGUAAAGUAAUUAAUAUUGAACGACAUACUACUGGUGGUUUUGUUCGAGGACAUGUUUCUAUUGAAACAGCAGGUCGAACACUUAUUAUUGAUUUUCAAAAUGAAAAUCUUGUAGCUCGUUUUAAUAAUGGAGAAAUUCUAGCUAGUGUACCCGAUUUGAUUACACUUGUUGAAGAAGAUUCUGCUGAACCAAUUGCAACUGAAAUAGUCAAAUAUGGUUAUCGUGUUUCAGUACUUGUUCUUCCAGCACCUGAACCAUUAACAACAUCGCAAGCUCUUCAAUAUGUCGGUCUUCAAGCAUUUGGUUAUGAUUUUCCUAAUUAUACGUAUACACCAUCACAUGUCUCGAUUAAAUCUGUCUGGGAUGUUUUCUAUAAGUAA